AUUUCCAGAAUAACACACUAAAUUUCAUACUCAUACGAUAAUACAUAUACAAUACAUACAUUGGGAAGUUAGGGGAAAAAUAAGCAUGAACUGAUAUUAAUUGGAUAGUUAAUAUUAAGGUUGAUAGUUCUAUUUUCAAACGUAUAUACGUAAUAUUCAGUUAAUAUUCUCUCUCUUUGCUCGGUUAAUAUUCUCUCUUUUUAUUCGAUUAAUAUUCACAGGGUCAUCCCCACCAUUACCUGGAAUUGACCCGCUCGGAGCUCGCUCAAAGCGAUCGUCCGUGUUAUCUAAUUCGUAAUCGAUGGUGUCAAGUUACCAAGUCAUUGUAUGAAGAAAAAUAGAAUUUGUUUUUUAUCUUAUGAUUAUGGAACUAUUUUAAUCAGAUUGUUAAGGUUUUACCAAUGAAAAUGAUACCGAACAUGACUACAUUCGAAUGACUUUGAAUUAUUCAGAUUAAUCAUGUUUAAGAAAAAAAAUGUAGAACGAAUGUUAUAAUUCAUUAGCAUUUUUCAUUCAGUUUCUUGACAAUGUAGAAUAGAUCACUUUUUCGAAUGAUGUCCUAAAAAAUUGUAUUAUUUGAGCAAUUCUUGGAAUGCACCUACUCGGGUAAUACUCGUCACACGGAUCCAACAAACAAACAUUAAUCAUUUAGCAAGCGAGAGAUGAGUGAAGUCCACGAGACUACGCAGCUUUAUCCAAAUUCAUAAUUUAGUGGUGUUUUAAAAAAAAGAAGAAAUAGCGAUGAGUCGUGAAAAACGUCUUAAACAGUGGAAAAUUGAAGAAACGAUUCGUUUAUGAUCAAACAAUUAUGCAAUUACCUAAAUUCACAAAAUAAUAAAGUGGAGUCGUAAUGUGAUAUUACAUAAUCAAUCACAAUACAAUCUCUUAAGAAAUCCUGAAAGAGAUUUUCAUUUCGUAGUCGAAUAACUACUGACAGAAAUUGUAAGAAUGGAAAGUAGGUCAAUGAAUGAUUUUUCUUCUACGGCAGAAGCAAAUUUGUGGCAGAAUGUUAAAUGGCCUGUUGUUAUUUUUCAACAUGCUGCUCUUUUAGAAAUAAUCCAUGCUGCAACCGGUUUAGUUAAAUCAAACCCUGUACUUACAACUUUUCAAGUGUUUAGUCGUAUCAUAGUUGUGAGUGGUGUAUUGUUGGCAACUCCAAAUAAUUAUGCGGCGUCAUCUCAUGGUCUUCCAUUAGCCAUCUUAGCAUGGUCAAUAACAGAAAUAAUUCGAUAUUUGUUUUACUAUAUGAAUCUCAAUGAAUUUGUUCCUUAUUUUCUCACAUGGCUAAGGUAUACGUUAUUUAUUGCAUUGUACCCAAUAGGUGUAACUGGAGAAUUAUUAUGCAUAUAUUCAGCUGUAAAUUAUGCAAACUCUCAUCCAGAAUUCUGGAGUUACAAACUUCCUAACUCAUGGAAUUUCAUAUUUAGUUAUUAUUUCAUUCUUAUAACUAUUAUGCUAUCAUAUAUUCCUCUUUUCCCGCAAUUAUAUUUGCAUAUGUUUGCUCAAAGACGUAAAAUUAUAGGAGGUGAAACAUCCAAGAAAGCGAAUUAAUAUAAAGGAAAUUUUGAUAUAUUUUAUUAAUAUUUUAUAAUAUUUAUGGUAAAAAUAAAUAUUACAAUAUAUAGCA